UAAAAAUGAUAAGGGGAGAUAAAUUAUAAAUAUUUAGAUGACAGCUGCCGUCAAAAUAAAAAGAAAAGAAAUGUGAAAUGUUUCCAUAUUUAAUUCCUUAGUUGGCAAGCUGCAAUGUGUUUCGCAGACUGAGUUUUAGACAUUGACAAAGAUCAUAGUGGAUGUCUUGAAAGGUAUUUCGGCUAGAAUCCAGAAGUUGAAGGUGUGUGACUUUAACUAUACCACAGAAUGUAAAGGACAAGACUGAGGCUCUAAAUUGCACACAGUUUAACAAAUGGAUUCAGCACCUUUGUCAAUGGUAUAUAGAAGUGAAAAACAACUGCCAAAGUUGAAUGUAGCCUUCCAAGAAUUCUACAAGCAUGAAGAGUUCUGCGACAUCACCCUCGUAACCAAUACUAAACGACUUCGGGCUCAUCGUGUUGUACUGGCUGCCUUCAGUCCCUACUUCUAUCAAGCAUUCUCACAACAAAAUAACUACCUGUCAGAUUUCAACUGCCAUCGCUUGGAUGAGGGAAGCCUGAAGGGUCUGCUGGAUUUCUGUUAUUCUGGAGUGAUAACCGUUGAUUCCGUAUCAGCAGAGAAACUGUUAUCUGUUGCUACAGUGUUACAAAUAAAAGAAGUGGAGAAAUUAUGCCAGACAUUUUUGCGGGCACAUCAGGCAUUUGUGUGUGAGAUUGCUUCAGAGAUACAGGAGAAGACAACUUCACCAUCUCCUAAAGAACGGAGCUCCAGUGAGCUGUUUUUUGUUGAGAGCUCUGGUCGAUUCAGCCCCGGAACCAGUCCUAAUGUCUCUACUUCUGGCCGACCUGUGUCAGAAACUAGUUCAGUGGAGACUCCAGACCUGGAAAUAGUCAAACAGGAACACCCAGAGCCAGUAGCCAGAGAAGAGCAUGCCAGAGAAGAACUCGUAUCACCAGGCACCCUGGCUAAGAGAAUGCAGUACCUGCCAAACCCUGGACUGAACAUCAUUGACAUGACCCAGUUAUCUCCAACAUAUCUAGGUCAUCCCUACCCCCGACCUCUGCUGUUUCCUCGCCCCUCCCCUCAGCCUUUUCAUCUGUUUGCUCCUAAACCAAGAGAAAAGAGUAAAUCAGAAAGCAGUGUGUGCAAUGAAAUUGAUCAAAACAGAGAGGAGGAACAUCAUGGCCAAAGUUCUAUCCUGUCAGUGGAUACAAGCUUUUCCCAGAAACCAGCUGAGUCUGUUGGAUUGAGCCAGUCUAGUUUGGGGGAGCAGCACUCUCCUUCAGAGAUAGAUACCCCCGGGCUCUACCAUGCAUGCUCUAUAUGUCAACAGAAGUUCAACAGCAGUAAGGCUCUUGGUAUUCACAUGGUGCUCCAUGACAGAGGUCACCCAUCCUUCAUACCAAAACGGAACCGGAAGUCCACCUUCCCCCAGAAGCAUGAGCACACCAGUGGGGAGUUUGGGAGUACCUCAGGCGAACUCUUCACCUGCAGUACUUGUGGUAAGAGCUUCAAAGACAACAGAUCCCUCAAAUUUCACAGAUACAACCACAUUCUGCGGCACGUGUGUCCCAUCUGUGGUAAGCGGUUCUCUCGCAGCUGGAAUCUGCAGCGACAUAAAAAAUCACAUUUCAAAGUUGGCAUGUCCGGAUGGCAGUUGACGUCUGAGAAUUCAGAAGAUUUAACACGGUCUGAAGAAGAGGGGGAAGUACUCAAUUCGUCCUUCACUGAUGAAGAGAUUCAAAUGUCGGGUAGUCAUGGAGCAGACGAACCUGUGGAUCUGACAGAAACAGGCAAAUCAGAGAGAUCUGACAAUGGGCCUCCUUAGGAAACGGUAGUUCCUUGGUUAAGAGGAGUUGUUAGACUUGUCAUGGAGGAGAUUGAUAUGUCAUCUUUUCAUUUAUUGAUACAUUUAUUUUAUAAUUUGAUUUGGAGAAUCAAUUGUAAAUUAAGAUGUCACUCAAAGCAUGCUCUGUUCUAUUUAUGUAAAACUGUAAUAGUCUAUCAUUUAAGUAAUUGUUUUCAGCUCUACUGAUCAGAGAGCAGAAAAGCUCAUCUACUGAUAAGUUGUCUGUUAUCUGUCCAUCUGUAAACAAUAUUUCAAAAUGCUACUCCUCAUACAGUUUGGGUAUAAUUUUAGUAAGACAAAAUAUACAUAAUUCUUGUGUAUCUAUAUAUCAAUGCUUAAUUUAGGCAAACUGUGACGCUUUGGUUCCAAAAAUAUGAUUCUUUUCAAUUCUUUAAAAAAGCCACUACUGCAGCUUGGGUCUGAUCAGACAUUUUACAAAUUAAGUGGAAAAUCUAAAAUCUUAACUAUAAGUUUACAUCAGUAAAGGUGCAGCCUUAUUAAAUAAAAAAUUCUGUAUGUUUUUUAAAGAAAGGACCCUAUGAUUUUUUUUCUGUAAUGAUGACAUUGGUCUACAAUGUGAAAUAAAAAUAUAAUUCAAAAAAAAUUAGUAUGCCAUACAGAUAAAAAUUUGAUGAAAAAUAACCUAAGAUAAAUAUGACCAUUGGCAAUUUUCAAGUUGAAAGAUACCUUCUUUAGCAGAUCAUGUGAUCAGGUAGCUGUCAUAUCACCCCAUCCUUUCUUCCAUCUUUAUUUGGGAGCUCUCAUAUUCAUUAGAAUUGGCAUAAAUUAUAUUUCCAUAUAGGAUUAUCGUCUUAAAUUUAAAUAUGUGCUACUACUUUUGAUUAAUAUCAAUAUCAGAUUUCUCCUCUUCUACAGUCUUAUUUUUUGUGCAAUGGUUUGUUCUUUUCUGUUGAACUUAUCUUUGUUGAUCAGCUGUGUGAUAGUUACAUAUUUUGUAUACUGGUGUAAUACCCAAGGUUCUACUUUGUAAUUACUUUUCCUACUGGAAAGAUUCAAGUUUAAAUGAGAAUUAUAUAUUUAUAUAUGGCUGGUACCAUAUUUUAAUCAGACUUUCUCAUUACAUGAAUGGAAUUAAAUUUAUCUGAAAAAUCCAGAACUAUUUACCUAGGAAUGAAAGAUUAUUAUAUGUGAAUUUAUAAAUAUAACAUUGUGACAAUAUGCUCUAUAUGCAGGAAUGAAAUACUGGACUGUAUCUGUUUUUAGAUGCGACUCACUGUAAACUUUGCUCUUAAUCAAGCUCUUGUUGACAAUGGGAUCUUUAAAUGCUGUAUGGGCAGAUAUCUGUUGUUGUAAGAGUCUGCGGAUGUUCUAUAGACAGAAUAUGAAUAUUGUAUGGACAGAUAUCUGUUGUUUUAGGUUCCUUGCUGAUGUUGUCAGAGUUAUACAUCUUGUUAUAUAUUGUACAAAGAUAACCAAGUCAUGAAGUAUAGUAUUGUUGAAUGGCAAAUUUACAUCAUUGUUGAGCGAUACAUUAAGUUUACUUGUAAUCAUGUUAACAGUUUUCAUAUUCUAAGCGUUGUUAGUGUAUAUAGUUUUAGUAUAUAUAUGUUGUUGAAUUCAAUACAUUGUUCUGCCACUGGUUGAGAUAUUUAUGUUUGUUAUGGGAGUAUAUAUUGUUAUUUUUAUCAAUAAACCUUAGCCAGAA